AUGAGCGCAACCAUUGACAGGUACCUCCAAAAGCUUACCCUGUUGGGAGACAAGGUCGACCUCCUAUCCAAGGAUUACGUUCUUGCGGCAUUGCUCCCCCACCCCACAAUGGUGAAAAUAGACAACAUCAGGGCUCAAUUCCUAAACUUUCAGACCACCUUGCCAGACACACUCAGCUUAGCUCGCAAGGAAUAUUUCGACCAAGGGGCUAUGAAGUACAGCACUAAUGAGUGGUUGAAGGUUGGGCUAUUGCUGGAUGAGAUUGAGAUGACUCUCAACAACCUUAUUGGAGUCGGCAACAAAAUUUUACAAUUCUCGAAGCAACAUCUACCGCCGUCACUCAAGCUCACCAGCAAUAUGUCGAGCCCCGCUACCCAAGAAGCUACCCAAGCAGAUGUCGAUAGGUUAUCGUCUUCAAUCACUCUUACCAUAGGCGCUCUCAAGCCAGAAAUCAAAGAGUUCAAAAUAAAAGCCAGUCCGGAAAUCUAUUCGAGAACCGAUCCGGAAAAGAGUCCGGAAAAGAGUCCGGAAUACCAGCAACUGAGGAUUGUGCUUAAGAAACUUCGGACUACAACGUUGUCUCCGGGGCACUUUGAAUUGCUGAACAAGAUCUUGAACGCACUUGAGGGGAAUGACGAAAGCGGCUGGCCUAAGUUCACGCCAGAGCGCCUGAAGGAGAUUUCGGAAAACCUCACGACGCAGAAGGAGGAUGACAAAAACGUCCAGAAGUUGAUGGAUAAGUUGUAG